CAUAUUUUGCAGUUUUAUCGUUGACGCUAAGAAGCGAUUGGUUUUGCAGUUAGUUAGUGAUAACGCGCUUACCGGUGAAAUCAUACGCUGUGACAACUUUUCCGCGUGAUUAAAUAUUUACAAAUAAUGUGUAAUUAAUAAUAGGUAAUUAGGUAUAUGGCGGAAAUUUAAGUGUUAGUGUUCCCACUUAACCUUUAUUGUUUAUUGUUUAUUGUUAUUAGGUACACAAAACAGGUAAAUAAAAGCCAAACAGUCAGGUUAACUUAUCGUAAGAGACCCACAUCAUAAAAAAAUAAGAAAACCCAUAAAUAAUCUAAUCUAUCUAUGAAGUAGCUAUCUAAAAAUCGGAUGGAUUGUUUUGGGAUGUUGGGAAUUAACACCCUAAGUGUUAAGCAAUAAGAGCCAUGAGUGUGCCCAUGGUGAAAAGGUGUUGUUGUGGAGCCAGUCUGCAUACAGGAACUUUAAUUAUUGGCUAUAUUUAUACGGUGUGGUCCCUUCUGGAGCUAUUAGGAUACACCCUGCUAGUGACGCUAGCCCCGCUGGGACGCAAUGGUACCAUCUCCGGGCACAAAUACUCGCUGUACAUCACCGCGGCAGUCGUCAGUGGAGUCGCCUUGCUCUGCUCCAUCCUGCUCAUCGUGGCCGCUCACAAGAAGCUUGCAUUUUUAACGCUUCCCUGGACGAUCAUGACGGGAAUUCUGACGGCGUUGGUAUUUACCAUAUGCCUGACAGGCAUCAGCCUAAUCCUUCAAGACACUGGCGAGAUGCUGGAGGUGGAAACGAUUGUCAUCUUCGUGCAUCUAACGAGGGCUUGUAUAUCGGUGUACUGCAUCGUGGUGGUGCACAGUCGCCACAAGCAGAUCAUGUACGAGGAGGACGAGAGACGCUUUCAGCAUUCCGGCAGGGUGUACCGACCGGUGAUGACCAAAGACCAGGCUUUCUGAUAUUGAGCUCCACGACAAGGGCCAAACAAGACCAACGUUUUGUGUUUCAACGUCUUGGGCGUAAAAAUACGUCAAUACCUCAACUCUACACUAUCAUAUCCCCAUGAGACGAUACGAGUUUACGCUACUGCAAGGGUGGAUGGAGCGCUAGACUCAUUUUAGGAGUUCUCCACUCCGUUAUGGUUUUUGAUUGUUUUGUUUUCUCCGUCUGGAGUAAUAAAACACGCAAAGGAAAGUAAUUGAAUAAAUGGAGUGUGUAUGCCGAUGAAAUCUUGAUCAGCAUGCCUCACUGCUUACAUACCUACCUCUGAAAACCAUUAAUGGUCAGAGCAAAAAUUAUAUCGCUCGUUCCAAAAUGGCAGGCUUGGAUGAGAAGUAAACUCUCCCAACAUGUAAACUGCUGCUUAAAGUUGGCUCAACAAUCUGUAAACUCAAUUUAACUUUCCUGUAGAUCGAUCGGCAUAUAAAUACUGAAAAUAGCUAUUUCAGAACUUGAAUUUGAGACCCGGUAUAAACUGCAGUGACAAUAGAUUACACAAUUAUAUUGUGACAGUUGUAAUAAAAAAUAUUAAGAAGCGUACUUUUAUGGAGCUCAAGGAUAUUUUUUAUGUGAGGUUUCUUAACUCGCGCUAAUUUUAGAUACAACUAAGUACCUAUUGCUAAUCGAGUGUUGGCGCAGGUUCAGCAAACUUGGGCAAUGGGCAAUAAUUCAGCUAUGGGACGUGCUUGGCGUAGAAAAAAUGUAGCUACCAUUCCGUGGGGACGCCACUCGACUUGAGAUGUGUGUACAAAGCGGAUCUACUCGCAGUAAUCUAGUGAUAACUGUAAAGAAAAAUAUAUAUACCUAGGCUAUAUAAAUUACUAUGUCAAUUCAAUUAUGUAUAAUAUGUGUUUUUUUUUUUAUAAAAUGGUUUAAUUUAAUAAACUGGUUUUUCCUUAUCAUACUUCUUUUCGUAACCAUCUAUAA